UCGAGGUCGGACGCUCCACCGCGAAGCCAGACCACAUCGCCAAGAUGACCAUCAACGCGCUGGGACAGACCGUGAACACGCGGGAACAGGCUUACUGCUUCUCCAAGAUGGAGCGGGUGAUCAUUGCUAUGCAGGAUCCUGAUAUGGGGGUGAAGAUGCGAAACCAGCGAUUGCUUAUCACGGUCAUCCCACACGCCAUGACAGGCCAAGACAUCAUUGACUGGUUCAUCAGCAAAUACUCCAUUUCAGACGAAGAGGCUAUGCAUGUGGGUAGUCUGCUGGUGCGGUUUGGCUACAUCUACCCUCUAAAGGAGCCUCGCGUACUGGUGCUCAGGCCUGACGAAUCCCCAUACCGCUUUCAGACUCCAUAUUAUUGGAUCUCCACCAGAUGGCCCGCCUCCGAGCUGGACUAUGCAAUUUAUUUGGCCAAGAAGAAUGUUCGGAAACAGGGACAGCUGAUCGAGUAUGAGAAGGAGAACUACAACUUGCUCCACAAGAGGAUCAAUCACACCUGGGACUUCGUAGUCAUGCAAGCUAGAGAACAACUCAGGGCCUCUAAGCACAGGCGGAAGGCUGAUCGUAUCGUGUUGGAGUGUCAGGAGCAAGCCUUCUGGCUCGUCAACAGACCACCGCCAGGGUUGUUGGAUAUUUUGGAACAUGGACCUGAGAGAAAAAGUGGACAGAACUCCCGAGUUCAACUGAACAGCGACUUCUACAAGAAAGAGAUUGACCACACCCGAAGGAACAUGGGAAGGAACCGUGUUAAGUCUUCCAUUUGCCUUGAGAGCUAUGUGAAGUACAGUGAGCAGUAUGCGGAUCAUGACCCGGUGAUGGCAGGCUGUCUCCCUAGCAACCCCUGGAUCACCGACGACAACCAGUACUGGAGCAUGAACGCAGACACGGUCGCUAUGCCAACCAAGCUGCGUGUGGAGAGGUGGAGCUUCAGCUUCAUGGAACUGCUGAACGACCCAAUGGGACGCAAAGAACUGAUGACAUAUCUGGAGAAGGAGUUUAGCGCUGAGAACUUGUGCUUCUGGGAGGCGUGUGAAGACGUGCGGCACGGAGAAACGUCCAAGAUCCCCAGCAAAGUGGACGAAGUUUACAAGCAGUUCUUGGCUCCGGGUGCGACGCGUUGGGUGAACAUCGACAGCAAGACCAUGGAGAGAACUCUGGAGGGCAUCAAGCGGCCGCACCGAUUCGUACUCGACGACGCCCAGCUCCACAUAUACUUCCUCAUGAAGAAGGAUUCGUACCCGCGUUACCUGAGGUCGGACCUGUAUAAGAACAUUCUCGCUAAAGCCAUCGUCCCUCAGGAGACCAAGAAGAGUGUGUUUCCCUUCAUGCGUCGUCAGCGCCACUCCAGCCCCUCCCCUGCCAUGAUCACAUCAUCAGCCCCGCCCACUGCAGACGCAGCAGCAGCAGGAGCAGCAGGAGCAGAGGACGGGAAAGCACCACAACAGUCACAGGCCUAA